CUCCAUCUAUUACUGAAUCAACUAACAGAAUGUUUUUUUGAAUCACAUGUUACUACGGUUUUCAAACAUCGUUAAAACUGUUAGAUCCUAUUAAAAUUGAAUUAACAUCUACUCUAAUAACUGUAUCAACCGCUGAUUAAAUAUUCAUUAUGCCACCGAUCAGAUGUAUGGUGACAAAUAUUUCAUGGAGCGUUGGCAGAGCCCAGCUUCGUGAAUAUUUCUCUCGCUUUGGUCCUUUACAUGAAGUAUCAAUUAAAUUUAAUAAGGAAACUGGAUUAUCUGAAAAAUAUGGUUUUAUCACUUUCAGUGAUAAACAAUCUUUUGUUUCUGCUGCCAAUUAUCCAAAUGACCAUUUUCUUGAAGGAUCUCUGAUGAGGAUAAAGCCAGCGAGAGAAUCUUAAUUGGAAAUGAUGCAUUAAAUUAUCUAUGUAGCUGCUAAUUAGGUGAUAUUAAGGAUUAAUUUGCAAGUUGUAGUUUCUUAAUAAAAGUGAAUCGCUCUUCGAUACGUAA